AUGGAUAGCUUUUUAUUUGCACAAAAUAAAACUCAUUUACUUUCUACUGCAACAUACGAUUGUCUUUAUUGUGAAAAACCUCAGACUUUAGGAUACACACGCGAACAACUUUUCAAUGCCUGUCUUGAUCCUGGUGUUGUACCUGAAUAUUAUCUUUCUAUAGUAGUGGCAGCUCGACCUAUGGACUAUACAGCUGAUUAUCGUACAAAAUUACAAAAUACUAUUGAUAGUACUUUUCUUAUGGCUGAAAAGACAAAGACUCUAAUGGAAAUCAUUCUUGUGGAUUGGAACCCUCAACCUCAACGACGUCCUUUACGUGAUAGCUUUAGAUUUAGACGUUCUGAUUUCCUGACAUAUCGUAUUCUUACUGUGCCAAGACAAAUUCAUGAUUCCCUUUAUCAACCCGACCGCUCACCUACCUAUGAAUUCGAAGCCAAGAAUGUUGGUAUCCGUUUUGCUCGUGGUGAAUUUGUUCUUUGCAGCAAACUUGACGAUAUCUGGACAACCCAUCUUCAUAAUGCUGUGAAAUCAAGGUCUUGGCGAAAGGGAAUAUUCUAUACUCAGUCUCAAAAGGAUGAUUCUAAUGGGAUAAAGGAAGAUUCAGUUCAAUUAUCCAGUUUUCCAACUGAUGAUGAAUUAGAUCAAGCAUGCGGUAUCCACGAUGAUUAUCCUAUGGGUAGUUUUAAAAUGACAAAGGCGGUAGAAAUGAAUAAGGAUAACUAUGUACAAAUGACUCGACAUGCUGGCGAUUUCUCUUUAGCUGAUCGGGAUACUUGGAAGUUGACACAAGGUUAUCGGGAAAUUGGUGCCAAGACAUGGAUGGAUGUAGAACUAUUACUGACUGCAGCAUGGACACUAGACAUACCAAUCGCAUAUCAACCUACCAGUAUUUUUAACUGUCAUCAAACAUCUCGGUUGUAUAACAAUAACGACAUGAUGGAUAAUGUGGACAUUGAUGAUAUUAAAAGCAAGAAGAUUUCUUAUAUGAAUAAACCUGGCCACUGGGGACUACAAGGAAUUGAUUUAUAUGAACAAGGAAUGAAAUGUGAAGUCUUCCGUGGUGGAUUGGGAAUUUAG